AUGCGGUGCCACACCCUAUGGCGGUCUUUGGUGGCCUAUUCGAAGUCCACACGGCCAAGAAGCUCCAGCUCUACAAGCGUUCUGCGGCGGCGUGCCCGUGAAGAUGCAGUUGCCGAGGACGAGGAAUACAACUUCGAUAAGUUUGGCCCGCUGGCCACCGUUUCCCAGAGCGAAAAUGCCUCCACAUUGAACGACGGAGGAGCAGCCAUGUGCAAUGGCGGCGGUGCCCAGCUCCGUCGAUUGUUGAAGUUGCAGUUCCUCGAGCACCACGAGAUUCUAGUCAGCCAGCGAGUUGCAGAGCGACUGCGGGACCUGGACCAUCAUCCUAGAGGCCAAAGUCACGCAACUGGAGCUCUGGGCAAGUGCCAGGCUUGCCAGCAUCACCUCCAGCCGGUGGCCAACACUAACGAGCAGUUUCGGCAGCUUAGCGAGUGCUUCCUGGAGCGAGUGCUGAUAUCUCGCGACGUCUUUGAACGAUCCUCGCCCGAAGAGGUGGCUCGGUUCAAGAAAUAUGUGGAGCGGACGGCGCUCUACGACUGUCUGGCCAAGCUAGUGGCCACCGUGGUGCGACACUUUCGGGAUCAGGACAAGCGAGUUCUAGUUCUGGGACGUGAACACAUGCGCAGCUGGUCCAAAAAGGCUAUGCACUACGUCCAGAACAAUGCCCGCCUCUCACUCACCAACAAUCUAUCUCAGGACGAUUCUUUCCUGUUCUAUGCCACGCUGCGCAGCGGCCAAGAGACGGACUUCUUCUCCCGCGACCUAAUGCGCAGCCACGCCUUCCACCUAGGGCCAGAAUUGAAGCCCAUCUUUCGGCGCUGGCAGCAAGAGCACCAGCUCUCGCUGGUCAUUCAAACCCAGUCGGGCCAGUCAUAG